AUGGCAUACCCCAGAACCCACAACCCAUUUGCAGAUGAGGAGGAGGAGGAGGAGCAGCACCGGUCAAGUGGAGGAUUUGACGACCCCCAAGAGAGGGGGAUGAGCGAGGCAGAGAGGAAGCAGAGAUUCCUCCAACAGGAAGUGAUGCGUACGGCCAAGUCGGCAGUGGUCAGCAGCCAACGCUCCCUGGGGCUUAUCUAUGAGUCGGAGAAGAUCGGCACUGAGACUGCAGAGGUAUGCCUUUUAUACAGUGCAUUCGGAAAGUAUUCAGACCCCUUGACUUAUUCCACUUUUGUAUUUACGUUACAGCCUUACUCUAUUUUUUCCUCAUCAAGCUACACACAAUACCCCAUAAUGACGAAGCAAAAACAGGUUUUUAGAAAUGUUUGCAAAAAAAAACAAAUUACUCAAUACUUUGUUGAGGCACCUUUGGCAGCGAUUACAGCCUCGAGUGUUCUUGGGUAUGACGCUACAAGCUUGGCACACCUGUAUUUGGGAAGUUUCUUCCGUUCUUCUCUGCAGAUCCUCUCAAGUUCUUUCCGGUUGGAUGGGGAGCGUCGCUGCACAGCUAUAUUCCAGAGAUGUUCAAUCGGGUUCAAGUCCUGGCUCUGGCUGUGCCACAAGGACAUUCAGAGACUUGUCCCGAAGCCACUCAUGUGUUGUCUUGGCUGUGUGCUUAGGGUUGUUUUCCUGUUGGAAGGUGAACCUUCGCCCCCAGUCUGAGGUCCUGAGUGCUCUGGAGCAGGUUCUCAUCAAGGAUCUCUCUGUACUUUGCUCCGUUCAUCUUUCCCUCGAUCCUGACUAGUGUCCCAGUCCCUGCCGCUGAAAAACAUCCCCACAGCAUGAUGAUGAUGCUGCCACCACCAUGCAUCACCGUAGGGAUGGUGCAAGGUUUCGUCUAGACGUGACGCUUGGCAUUCAGGCCAAAGAGUUCAAUCUUGGUUUCAUCAGGCCUGAUAAUCUUUAGGUGCUCUUUGGCAAACUCCAAGUGGGCUGUCAUGUGUCUUUUCCUGAGGAGUGGCUUCGGUCUGGCCACUCUACCGUAAAGGCCUGAUUGGUGGAGUGCUGCAGAGAUGGUUGUCCUUCUGGAAGGUUCUCCCACCUCCACAGAGGAACUCUGGAGCUCAGUCAGUGACCAUUGGGUUCUUGGUCACCUCCCUGGCCAAGGCCCUUCUCCCCCUAUUGCUCAGUUUGGUGGUUCCAAACUUUUUCCACUUAAGAAUGAUGGAGGCCACUGUCUUCUCUGGGACCUUCAAUGCUGCAUACAUUUUUUGGUACCCUUCCCCAGAUCUGUGCCUUGACACAAUCCUGUCUCGGAGCUCUACGGACAAUUCCUUCGACCUCAUGGCUUGGUUUUUGCUCUGACAUGCACUGUCAACUGGGGACCUAAUAUAGACUGACGUGUGUCUUUCCAAAUCAUGUCCAAUCAAUUGAAUUUACCACAGAUGGACUCCAAUGAAGUAGAAACACCUCAAGGAUGAUCAAUGGAAACAGGAUGCACCUGAGCUCAAUUUUGAAUCUCAUAGCAAAGUGUCUGAAUACUUAUGUAAAUAAGGUAUUUCUGUUAUUUUUAAUACAUUUGCAAACAUUUCAAAAACUUUCACUUUGUCAUUAUGAGGUAUUGUGUGUAGAUUGAUGAGAAAUAUUACAUUUAGAAUAAGGCUGAAACGUAACAAAGUGGAAAAAGUCAAGGGGUCUGAAUACUUUCCGAAUGCACUGUAUGCAGCAUUGAUCUUUGAACACAUUGGGUUUCACUGACUGUCUGUAUUGGUGUAAGUUAAAAUUGCCCCUAGACGCUGAUCUGUAGCUAGGGGAAACUUCAUUGUUAGCAUGUAUUUCCCCAAGUUUUUCGACCACUGUAAAGCGUGAAACAGCUGACUGCAUUUGAUAACAUUGAUUUCCUCUCCGUGUCCGUCCGUAGGAGGUGAUACGUCAGGGGGAGGCUCUGAAGAGGACUGAGAGGAUGGUGGACAACAUGGGCAAAGACCUGGAAACCAUCCAGAAACACAUCAACAGCAUUAAGAGUGUGUGGGGAGGCCUUGUCAACUACUUCAAGGCCAAGCCUGAGACCACCAAGCCCCCGCCAGAAGAACCUGUUGCCUACCAAGCCAGCAGCAAGUAAUGCCCAGUCCCUCCCUGCUCAUUCCUUAUACCUCCAUCUCUGUACUCUGGCAUGUGUUGUUGCUAUGUACAUUGCUAGUUAACAACCUUUCAUGGGGUAUCCCGAACAUUCCACCAUCAAUAGUUCCUUGUUGACUCAGGACUGAGUAUUUAGGCUAUCCGCAGUGAUACCAUCAUAGUUUCUGCCAUGUUGCCCAUACAACUCCUGUGUGAAGACUGAAGAGGUAUAAGAUGGCUGUAGAGGGCUCACUCUGACACAGUCUGUCUUAACUUUUUCCUGUGUGUUAAAGUCUCUGAUAAGACCGUGAGGUGUGUAAUAUCUUUAAUGUUUGGUCAAAGAUCAUCCUGCUUCGAGUCUCUGACUGUUCCGUGUGUGUGUGUGUUAGAUUGCAGAAUGCCAUGUCUCACAGUAAAGAGCAUGAAGACAAGUACCAGGCCAGUCACCCCAACCUGAGGAAGUUGGACACUGAAGGUAAGGCCUCAAACCUCAGCCACAUAAUAAUAUCUCCUUUGUCAUCCCUUGUUCCCUUUCAGUUGGUCAACUCGGUACAACACCGCUAUGAGAAGUUUGCAUGCUAGAGCCCUCUACUGAAGAAUAUUAGAAUUACGCCUGACAAGGCCAGUGAACACCGUGCCUCACUGGGAGCUCCAGCUUCCACAGGUGAUAAACCCGAGGCACAGAUUCAUUCCUUCAAUUCCUCCGCUCUUAACCUAGAGCUGAGCAUAACAAUUUACUAAUUUUAAGAAAAAGCACAUUGGAACGCAAAAUGUUAUCAGGCUUUACGCCAACUUAACUCUCCUACGUAAGGACGGCGUGCUCAUCAAUCUGGACAUUGUGUGUUAACGUUUGGUAACUAGUUUUGUGAAGUUCCCUACAAUUUGUUAGUUAUUCUUCGGCCUGUUUAGCCUCGCUAACUAGUUGUAAGUUAGAUGACUAGCACGAACGCGUCGAUGAAGGCUGUUAAGUUCACCAUCUUACCCACAGUCAAUGUCUUUGAAUGAUACUCAUGAGUGUUGUCUUGUAUGUCGCCGGCUGCCUGCAAGCUCUCUCUCGUGUGUAGCCUUCCUUAGAAGGCUUGGUGAGACUGAAGUUGACUUUCCUCCCCUGGGGGCUUGUACCUCAGCAGAGUUUGAGUUGCAGGAUAGGGGGUGGAUCUGGGCUCAUGGUCUGAUCACAUGGAGCUAUCCUCCCAACAUGGCAAAUAUGGAGCUGGCUGGUAACUCUGUCUCCUUCGGUUUUACACAGUACUCUCAUUGGAAUGACGAUGUGGUGUCUCUGGCCGGUUAUGGGCUUUUUAUCUGAGAUGGGGGGGUUUGGCUUCGGAUGUAGCAAGGCUUCUAGCGCACCGCUAAUUGAUCUGUCGCAGAGCGGCUGCUCGCUUGUUAGUGGAGUGGCCGACCUCAGUGGGGUGACCUUUUGCUUCUACGGCAGCAUAGUCUUCUAGAGUGUCUGCAGACCGAGGCCUGGCGGCUAAGCGGGCGGCCCCGGCUUCCAGGUCAACCCAAGUCUGCUCCUCCUUACCCUGUUCCACAAGAACAGUGCCAGUCUGCUGCAUAUCCACAUCAUUUUCCUUCCUCAUGAUGCCAUUUAUUUGGUGAAGUGCACCAGUCCCUCCUGCAGCAAAGCACCCCCACAGCAUGAUGCUGCCACCCCUGUGCCUCACGGUUGGGAUGGUGUUCUUUGGCCCCCUUUUUCCUCCAAACAUAACGAUGGUCAUUAUGGCCAAACAGUUCUAUUUUUGUUUCAUCAGACCAGAGGACAUUUCUCCAAAAAGUACGAUCUUUGUCCCCAUGUGCAGUUGCAAACCGUAGUCUGGCUUUUUUAUGGCGGUUUUGGAGCAGUGGCUUCUUCCUUGCUGAGUGGCCUUUCAGGUUAUGUCGAUAUAGGACUUGUUUUACUGUGGAUAUAGGUACUUUUGUACCUGUUUCCUCCAGCAUCUUCACAAGGUCCUUUGCUGUUGUUCUGAGAUUGAUUUGCACUUUUCGCACCAAAGCACAUUCAUCUCUAGGAGACAGAACGCGUCUCCUUCCUGAGCAGUAUGACUGCUGCGUGGUCCCAUGGUGUUUAAACUUGCGUACUAUUGUUUGUAUAGCUGAACGUGAUACCUUCAGGCGUUUGGAAAUUGCUCCCAAGGAUGAGCCAGACUUGUGGAGGUCUACAACUUGUUUUCUGAGGUCUUGGCUGAUUUCUUUUGAUUUUCCCAUGAUGGCAAGCAAAGAGGCACUGAGUUUGAAGGUAGGCCUUGAAAUACAUCCACAGAUACACCUCCAAUUGACUGAAAUGAUGUCAAUUAGCCAAUCGGAAGCUUCUAAAGCCAUGACGUCAUUUUCUGGAAUUUUCCAAGCUGUUUAAAGGCACAGUCAACUUGGUGUAUGUAAACUUCUGACCCACUGGAAUUGUGAUACAGUGAAUUAUAAGUGAAAUAAUCUGUCUGUAAGCAAUUGUUGGAAAAAUUACUUGUCAUGCACAAAGUAGAUGUCCUAACCGAUUUGCCAAAACUAUAGUUUGUUAACAAGAAAUUUGUGGAGUGGUUAAAAAAUUAGUUUUAAUGACUCCAAACUAAGUGUAUGUAAACUUCCGACUUCAACUGUAUAUAUGUUAUAUAUCGAUAAGUCACUUAUUAAAUAAUGACCUCUUAUCAGUCUCAUUCUGAACGUCGCAUAAUCCUUGAACCUGCAAGAACCCUAACCUUAUUGAUGAAUCAGCAAAACACAAAUUGGCUUAAUUAUUUAUUUACUAACUAAAUAAUAAUAACACACACACACACAGGUUAUUGAUUACUAACAUAAUACAAUGAAAACAGGUCCCUAGUGGACUGGACUAACAAUAGCAUGAAUGCUUGGGUAGAGGGAGGGUUGGCUGAUUUAGAGGAGGGGGGGGGGGAAAGAGACCAACGGACAUUUGUAAACUAUGCUCAUGGAAAUACAAAUGUUUAGCUUCCACUCAUUCGGAUUAGAAAUGCAACAUAUAUUUACUUGUAGCUGGCCUCGAUAGUUGAGUUGAUGAUAUAGGACUCUGGUUUGCCCACCAGAGAUCCCAAUGUCCAGAGUUUCUGGUCGUAGUGGUGGUUAAAAUGGAUACUUCAGCGUACCCUGUAGUUCGUAGAGUUGAUCUGUUAGAUACUUCAGAUGUAUCAACGGUUGUCGGAGUCGGAUUGUCCUUCCCAACUCGUGUCUUUAGUGAAAGUUCUCUAGACGACUAUACAUGCCAGCUGCAGACUGGUAAUGCUAAGGUCUAGUGCUUUGUCGUCUUCUUCACCUCGUGUAGAGGUUGAGCGUUUCAAAGUUUCUACAUGGUCUAACCAUUUUGUAACGUUUAGCUCACGCUUCACGUCUGCUGGUCUGUAGAAUGUCAACCAUUUAAAGCCGUGGGGCUUCCUGGUCUUCUUGGUCUAACCAUUUUAAGCCGUGUAGCUUCACGCUUCCUGGUCUGGUAGAAAUUCAACCAUUUGCAACAUCAGGUUUAUACCAUAAUCUGCUUGGUCUGAGGUGAAUUUUGUCACGAGGGGUUUUAUACUUGAGUAGAAAAGGGGGCGUUUCAUUGUGCUCAUCUGGGCGUGGCCACUGACUGAGAACAAAUCAAUAUGGAAACAAUCAUCUCAUCUAUAAUGCUAAAAUCACAUUAUCUUCCUAAAAGUAUUGUACUUAAUCAUUCGUUUUGUACAACAAUUAGAUGCAAACCUCAUAACUGGGAAGUGUACCCCCCCAGAGAUACAGUUAUGUUGUUCCACAGUCUUUAAUGACAUCACAACAUAGUAGCGAAUUUGACAUGAUUGUUCUUUAAGUCGCCACCGACCAUUUCCCACAUUCUUUGAAGUAUGAAUAUUGUUUCAUUAUCCACUUUUGGAUGUUGGAGUCUUGGUGGGAAGACUUCCUUUGUUCCUCAAGGAAAUUCCCUCUCCCAAUACGGCAUGGCAUGGAAAAUAAUGUUUCUGCAAGGAAUUUACGACCGGUCAUAAAACUGGCCCCCAGGAAAGGGGGUGUUCAAACCUUUGCCUAGCCGGCAUUUUGAUCUUCAACCCAUGAGGGUAAGUCAUGACAAUUGUGGCCUGUGCAAUGUUUUCCCAAGUUGCUGGAUAUUGGCAGGAACAGGAACAAGCUGUCAUACACAUCGAUCCAGAGCAUCCCAAACAUGCUCAAUGGCUGACAUGUCUGGUGAGUAUCCACGCGAUGCCAUACACGCUGUCUGCCCGUUACAGUUGAAACUGGGAUUAAUCUGUGAAGAGCACACUUCUCCAGCGUGCCAGUGGCCAUCGAAGGUGAGCAUUUGGCCACUGAAGUCGGUUACGACGCUGAACUGCAGUCAGGUCAAGACCCUGGUGAGGACAACGAGCACGCAGAUGAGCUUCCCUGAGACGGUUUCUGACAGUUUGUGCAGAAAUACUUUGGUUGUGCAAACCCACAGUUUCAUUAGCUGUCUGGGUGGCUGGUCUCAGACGAUCCCGCUGGCGUGGUUACUGGUUGUGAGGCCAGUUGAUCUUACUGCCAAAUUAUCUAAAACGACGGAGGCGGCUUGUGGUAGAGAAAUUAACAUUUAAUUAUCUGGCAACAGCUCUGGUGGACAUUCCUACAGUCAGCAUGCCAAUUGCACACUCCCUCAACUUGAGACAUCUGUGACAUUGUGUUGUGUGACAAAACUGCACAUUUUAGAGUGGCCUUUUAUUGUCCUGUGUAAUGAUCAUGCUGUUUAAUCAGCUUCUUGAUAUGCCACUCCUGUCAGGUGGAUGGAUUAUCUUGGCGAAGGGGAAAUGCUCACUAACAAGGAUGUAAACACAUUUGUGCACAAAAUGUAUUUCAGCUCAUGGAACAUGUGACCAACACAUUGUUGCGUUUUAUAUUUUUGUUCAGUGUAUUUCCUGAUAUUAUGCGACCUCACAUACUUUGGCCGAGACAGGCCUGUCUGUGAUUUGUUGAAGAUCACUAUUAUGCAAAUGAGAAGCAGCUUUUUUACGUCUUUAUUUUGCUCAUAUUGUAAUUAAUUAUAGGUCAUAUUUCAUAGAAAUCUGGAACACUGGGCAGCUACUUUAAGCAAAAGGAUAAUUUUCUGUCCAUGACAUUUCCUACUGUGUGUGUUGUAGGGUUCGGAGCAUCUGCAUCAGUCGAUGACAGCUCAUCCAAUCAAAAUGGCUACCCUGCGAACAGACAGCUUAGAGCCGCCCACCAGACACUGGACAACAACUUAGGUAAGAGCCUUCUAGGACCUAUGGGAAAUAAAGAAUUACAUUUGUGGUAAUUUUAUUCAUGACCUUUGAUGGCAAUCAACAACAAAAAAAUUCAGACUCCUUAUCAGCAGUAACAUCUGUUUUUGUAUAUCAGUUUCUGUGUGAAGCCGAAGACAAAUUUCCACAUUUUGUGGACAAUUUAAGUUUUUCUAAUUCUAAUGAACCCCUGUGUUCUUGAACUGCUCCAGAUGAGAUGUCCCUGGGCCUGGGCAGGUUAAAGAACCUGGGACUGGGCCUCCAGUCUGAAAUUGAGAAUCAGGACACUUCUCUGGACAAUCUGCUGGGCAAGGUGGACAAGAUGGACCUCAAGAUCAACAAAACCAACCAGCAGAUCAAAAACCUGAAAUAA